UACGGAGCUCGGUGUGAGCACGAGCCGCGGCGGUUAAACCGUUCCCAGUGGCAGGUCGGACUGCAGCUCUCGUUCCUCUCUCAUCCUUUAAAGCAGGGGAUGCUGCGGGUACCGCACCGACCGUGAGCGGGUCACAGCGGCGGGCAGGAGGAGGAAGAGACGCGCGAAGGACACCAGCAGCACCGGAGACAGAUGGGGAUUGAUUUGCCGCAGGCCCCUGCCGUCGUGAAAUCGGACACCGACCUGCGGCGGAUGGGGUGACCGAGCUCGCUGCUUCUCCGCCGGGGAGGCCCCAUGACUGCGGACGUUACCUGCCUGGGAGCUGCUGCCAGCGGCCGGUUGUAAGGUGGAGGACGGAGACAGGGAAAGGUGAGGAAAAUGCAGACGGAGGAGGAGACGGCCGCCGCAGAAGAGCCCAUUUUGGAGGAAGGGUCAGGACGAGAGCAGCAAAAGCCCACCCAGCAAUCCCUGGCCUCCUCCCUGUGCAGAGAGUCCCACUGGAAGUGCCUCCUCCUGACCCUCCUCAUGUAUGGUUGCUUCGCCACGCUGGCCUGGUGCGCUAUCUGUCGGGUGCCCGUCCUCGGCUCCGCCCCCUCCAUACCUCUCGGUGCCGAUGAUGACGCCACAUCUGCAGCCUACUACAAUGAUAUGGUUCACUGGGAGAGUCCAUGCUCGAGCGGAUAUGUCUACAUCCCCCUGGCCUUUCUGGCAAUGCUUUAUGUGGUUUAUCUGGUGGAGUGCUGGCACUGCUUCUCUAAGACGGCCAUGUUGGCUCAUGCUGAAUUCCAGGAAGUGUACGAGCGGGUGCAGAGACUCCAGCAGGCCACUCCAUGCAUCUGGUGGAAGGCCAUCAGCUAUCACUACGUCAGGAGAACCAGACAGGUGACCAGAUACCGCAAUGGAGAUGCAUACACAACCACACAGGUCUAUCAUGAGCGAGUUAACACUCACGCCUCCAGUUCAGAGUUUGACUACGCCCGCUAUGGCGUCAAAGAUGUGUCAAAAGAGCUGUUGGACCUGGAGCAGCACCCUGCGGUUCGCCUCCGCUUCACUAAAUGUUUCAGCUUUUCCAGUGCUCGUGCUGAAGCUGCUUACCUCACUCAGCGAGCACGGUUCUUCGGUGAAAAUGAGGGGCUCGAUGACUAUAUGGAGGCCCGGGAGGGGAUGCAUCUAAAAAACGUGGAUUUCAGAGAGCACAUCCUAGCUUUCCCAGAUCCUGCUCAUCAGCCUUGGUUUUCAAGGCACCGGGUGUUCUGGCUGGCUUCAGCUUUCCUCCUCUCAUGGCCACUUCGCGUCGUUUCGGAAUACCGCACAGCAUAUGUGCACUACCAUGUGGAGAAACUGUUCGGUGAGGAUGAGGACAGCGGUGGAGGUGGGGGAGUUGUUGGUGGAGGGCAGGGUGGAGGAGGAAGAGGGGACACAGUGGAAGGAGCGACUGAGAAUGGAAUCCAUCCAGGAGGACUUGGGAUUGGACUGAAUGGGACAAGCUACCGAGCUAUCUCUCGUGUCAACACAGUGGACAUGACAGAGCUGGAGUGGCACAUCCGUUGUAACCAACAAAUGGUUCCAAGCUACUCUGAGGCUCUUCUUAUGGAUUUGGACUCCAGUGGAAGCACAAAUCCCACAGCCUCAACGCCCAUCUCUGGACCUCCGGGGAUCACUCCCACCCAGGGGCCUCAUCAGCCACCUCUGGCUCUGCCUGUGCUGUUCAACUCUGCUUACCUGCUGCAGAGCUGCCCCAGAUGCAGGAGAACCACAUCGAGCUCCAGUCUUCCCUCCCGGUUAAGGGCUCCAAUGGGAACCACGGCCCUCCUGAACGCUACUGUGGCUGGGAUCCGUGCAGCAGGGCCGGGAAGUGGAGGGGUAGGAGGAAGACUGGUGCUCAGCCGCAGCGGAUUCUCUUUGGGCAGACUGGGAGGUGGGCGACAGAACAGCUUGUUUCACUCAAGAAGCAUUGGAGGAGGACUGGCAGGCAGCAGGGAAGACGGAGGAGGGAGUGGGGGUGGAGGAGGCAGUGGGGCUGGAGGUGGAGGGUCUGGGGGAUUUUUAGGAAUAGGCUCUAGACAGAACAAUGAAGAGACCAGGGGGGUCCUCGAAGGAGAAGGAGAGGAGGAGGAGGAAGAAGAAGAGGUGAGAAGAAGGGAAAGCGGGGGAAGAGAGAGAGACGAGGAGGCAGAGCAGGGAGGAGGGGGUGGAGGAGAGGGCAGGGAGGGUGACAGGGAUCGACCUCCUUCCUACCAGGACGCUUUCUUCUUUCCUGUCCUUAUAAUACAUGGAGAGGAGAGCUGCCACGCCGGAGAUGACAUGCGAGACUGAGAAGAAAAUGAGCGGUUUGAGCAGGAGCUGAAAGAAGACACUGAGCACACAGGAAGGAGUAUGAUCCAACAACAAAGACAGAUACUGAGAAUAACAGAUGCUUGAAUCUAAAGCAGGUGGAAGCAGAGGUCCAGAAGAGUGAGGUUAAAAAGACAAGAUAGGGCGAAAAAUUAGAGGGGGAAUGGACACACACAGUGCAUUCUGUCAGCCAUCAGUAAACCCAUAAGUUCGGAUUAGAGUCGAUGCAGAGUGCAGACACAUGAUAAAAUCAAGUGCAACUAAAUCCUUGAAAUAGCAUGCUUUAGUGAAAGAAGGUAAUAGUGACAGAGAGCUUAGAAAUGUGUGUUUCCAGAUAUAUCUAUGCAGCAGCUGGAGUAGGAGGGCUAAACGCUCUAAAGAUAGCCACUUUAAGAGCAGUUAAAACACAAUAGAGUAUAAUCUCUUUUGAAAGAUUUUGUUAGAAGAAUUGGGAAUGUAUCUCUGAGGGGCUGAAACUAUUGGUUAAACAAUCAUUUAGAUACAAUUAGAUAGCAAACUGCAUUGGGAAAAUGAGUAGAUAGAAAAAUGCAUGGCAAAUUAAUAAAUUCUUACUAUUUUAAAGCUAUAAGCCAGCAUAUUCCAGUUCAAAUGUUCAGUCAAAUCCCUUUUUAUGACUAUGAGCAGCACCUGACCAGCUCCUCUUACAGUAAUGAAUGCCAAUGAAAGACAAUAUACAUUAAUUUCCUCAUGUCUCGGCAUGCUGUCUUACUUCACCAUUAGCUUCCUGACCACUCAGUGCAUUACUGCUUUGGAGGAGGGCGGUUUAAAGAUCCAUAAAAUGCGGAGCAGUCGUUGCCUAUUUGAAUCAACCCCCUAUUUCCUCUGGCCACCUUUUACACUUCUGUGAUGCUUUUACUCUCUCAUUCACCCCUAAAAAACAAAAACUUCUAAGAGAUAAGUUUAGUUUACUUAAA